CCACAUUUUAUUAACCCAAUGCGGCCCCCGAAUCAAAAAGUUUGGGGACCCCUGCUGUGAAAGAUAUCGAUAGUGAGCCCGUGCAACAUACUCCGGUACAGCAGAGGGUGGUAUGCACCUUACGGCAACAACCCGCCGGAAAACUACAAGAAGAAGAAGUUGCAAGGGGGACUGUUGUUAGCGACGCACACUGCCAGAAACAAGUCGGAACAACGUGACUGUUGACGGAGUUGCUAAGUAAGACGGGCUAGUGUCUCUCUGCUCAUUUGCGGCAUAAAGUCAGAAUUUUACUCACGAGUCGCACAAGAUAUAUUUUGAGUUGACAGUGUCGAAGAUUCCAGAAGGAAAACAAGCGCGAUGUCUGUGACGGUGAAAAUGUACCUGCUGGACCAAGACGAGGCGGUGAGGGAGAUCCGUAAAUUCGAAGUGGACCGAUACAGGAUCCACUUCGACGAUCUCAGCAGGAACAUCUGCGACGUGUUCACCAACCUGAAGAACGCCGCUUUCAACAUGUUCUACAGAGAUGAGGAAGAACACCUGGUGGCGCUCUCCUCGUUUCAAGAGCUGGAGAUGGGCGUGGCCUGCAUGAAGGACGACACUCUCCAUGUUUACAUCAAAGACGCCCAGCAUCUGAAUGGUCGUCAAGAAGAACGUCCCCCUACAACACAGGACGGAAGCUCUACUUUGAAGCAGGAGGAUCCCCAGCCCCCCCACAUUAAAGAGGAAAAGGAGGAGCUCUGUAUCAGUCAGUCAGGAGAAGAGUGUUUUUUCGGGCCGCGGGAGGCUGAUCUCACCAAGUUGCCUCUGACUGGUGUCUCUGUGAAGACUGAAGACCAUGAAGACAAUCCACAAGUUGACAACCUCUUAGCUCCUCUAUCAGAUAGUGACGACUUAACAUCACAUUCAACUGAGGAUGAAGAUGAGGACUACAUUCAAGAACCUUUGAGCAGCAAUAUAGACUGUGAGGGUGACAUGAGGACUCACACUGACAACAAACAUCCUGAAUGCUCUAAAGAUAGGAAAAAGAAGAAGAAGUCAAAAAAGAAGACAGGUAAUAAACGUUUUACCUGCUCGUUUUGUGCAAAAAGCUUUUGUAGUAAAACUAAUUAUGCGCAACACACAAGAACACACACGGGAGAAAAACCUUUCAAUUGCUCAGUUUGCAGCAGAGGUUUUUCUCAGAAGGCCGCAUUAACUGUACACGUGAGAACGCACACAGGCGAAAAACCUUUCAGUUGCUCGGUUUGCUGCAAUAGUUUUUCUCAAAAGUCCACGUUGACGUCACACAUGAGGACACACACCGGAGAAAAGCCUUUCAAUUGCUCAGUUUGUGCUGAUACAUUUUCUCACAAGGCCACGUUGACUGCACACAUAAGAAGACACACAGGAGAAAAACCCUUCAAUUGCUCAGUUUGCCGCGUUAGUUUUGCCCAGAAAGCCGGGUUGACUUCACACAUGAGAACGCAUACGGGAGGAAAACCUUUCAUUUGUUCAGUUUGUGGAGAUACGUUUUCUCUGAGGUCCAAAAUGAAAUUACACAAGAGAAUACACACAGGAGAGAAACCUUUUAUUUGUCCAAUUUGUGGUGAUAAAUUUUCUCUGAGGGACAGCCUGAAAUUACACAUGAGGAAAACACACGAGAUAAAAACAUUUUAGUUGUCCAGUUUGUGAUAAAGGUUAUUGUGAAAAGCAAAGUUUGACAGCACGCACGUCGACACGCAACAGAGAAUAAAUGUUUUCCUGUCCAGUUUGUGCUAUAUGAUUGUCAAGUUGUAGAAGCGGAAUGUCUUACGUGAUAAGAAGAAGUAGUAGUAGAAGUAGAAGUAGUAAUAUUAGUAGUUUAUUUCUGUCAUUUAUACGUCACUUCAAUAGUGAUGAUCUGUUGUGUGUAUGAUACCAGAUUCCCUCAUGAGUUCCAGGUUAGUGUGUCACUGAGAACAGCAGCUACAUUAUUUUAAAUCAACUCUGAAGCAAAUAAACAAUGUUGACUAACAUGUUCAGACAUUCUGAUUAAUUGAUGACAACAUGGAUGGAGUUUUCCUUCACAUCAAAAGUGUGUUUGGUAUAUUAUCGGUCUUUAUGAUGGCACCAACAUUUGCUUCAUCAGUUCAUAGAGUGAGCUGGAAACCACACAUCAAGUACAUACUACAUAAAGUGGCAAUAAAUAUUGAAUAAGGCAAAAUAAGUCCUGAAUCAAGUAAUUUCAUACUCUGUACUGUUAAUUGGUGUUGUUGUAACUUAAAUUUGAUUUGUAA